GAUUGGAAAAGCGGGCCGGGAGGAUAAAACACCUGCCGACCGACCAGCUAAUCAGCUACCUACUUAAGUAGGUAGUCUAGGCCUUGUUGCAGUUAUCUGUCCCGGCUGCGUGGGUGACCGUUGGGACGCGAUCGACUAACUAACCACGCGGACACAGACGGGCUGCUACCACCCUCUGGGGAUAGGUCGGUGGCACUUCCUUCCUCUCAGAUACGAAGAAUGUCUUCCUCUCACUUCUCUCACGUCCCUUAUAUACCUACCUAGCUGAACUACUGUCUCUUUCGGUUUUUCUUUUUUUUUUUCCCUCCUUGGCGAAGCCUCACAUAUAGAACAGAGUGAGAAGCCUCACUCGCCUCUUCGCCCCCUCCACACUCCCUCCGCCCUUCCCUUCGUAUCCAUUCGUUCCAAGACUCUCUCCACCAUGGGCAAGCAGGAGGACUCACCGCCCAUGCGGCCAGUGCUCCCCGAGCCCGGCCCCGUCGUCGUGACCGACAAGGAAGUCACCAUCCAGCCCCCAGCCCCCCCGCCUCCCUCCGUCUCCCCACCGCGGCUGUUGGUCGUCGGCGGCGGGUCCCGGGGCUCCGUCUACGCCCACUUCACCAAGCUCGCCACCAACGGCGUAGUCGCCGCCGUCGCCGAGCCCCACGCCUUCAAGCGCGCCCAGUUCGGCCAGAAGUACAUCUGGGGCAACCAUCGUGCCCCGGCUGAGGGCGAGGAAUUCGAGUCAUGGACCGACUUCAUCACCUACGAGAAGGAGCGGAGGCGGCGCGCGGCUGCGGGCGAGGCUGGCGUGCCCCCGGGCGUCGAUGGUGUUUAUGUCUGCGUCCUGGACGAGAUGCACAGGGAGGUCGUCAUCGCCCUGGCUGAGCUGCGCGGCUUGCAUAUAAUGUGUGAGAAGCCGCUGGCCACGAGGUUGGACGACUGUGUCGAGAUGUACCGGGCCCUGAGGGACAACGUCGACGAGGCCGGCGAGCGCCGCGUCUUCUCCAUUGGCCACGUGCUCCGCUACAGCCCCCACAACAUGGUGCUUCGGAAGCUGCUGCUCGAGGACAGGGUCAUCGGCGACGUGCUCUCGGUCGUCCAUACCGAGCCCAUUGGCUGGUGGCACUUCACGCACAGCUAUGUGAGGGGCAAUUGGAGGAGAGAAGACACCUCGGCCCCCAGUCUGCUCACCAAGAGUUGCCACGACAUCGAUGUGCUGCUCUGGCUGCUGUGCUCACCAGUCAAGUACGAGGAUGGCGGCGAGAAGGCGCUGCCACACCUGCCGUCGACGGUAACAAGCAGUGGAAGGCUGCAGUACUUUCGGAAGAAUCGCAAGCCAGUAGGCGCUGGCGAUGCGACAAACUGUCUCAAGUGCCCAGUGGAGGAGACCUGCAAGUACUCCGCCAAGCGCAUCUACACGGGCGACAAACCCUUCAUGGGCCUGGACACGGGAAACACCGCCUGGCCAGUCAACGUUGUACUGCCCGAGAUAGAGGAUCUGGGGGCUAGCGAUAAGGUGCGCGGGGCGCUAAUGGCGAGAUUGGCUGAAGAUUACGGCCCGGAUAUGCAGGACUCGGAGAUUGCGAAGCGCAAUUGGUUCGGGAGGUGCGUCUACGAGAGCGACAACGACGUUGCCGACGAACAGGUCGUGACCAUCACCUGGGACGACGACCCUGCCUCGCCGCAGGACGGCGCCAGCCCAAUGGCUGACCAGCUGGGAGGCCGGGGUUCCAAGCAGGCAACAUUUCACAUGGUAGCCCAGACAAAGCGCCAGUGUGAACGUUUCACUAGGAUCUACGGCACCCACGGAGAGAUAUAUGCGGACUCGUACACCAUCACGGUCGAAGACUUCAACACGGGCAAGACCACAACUCACACCCCGCGCAUGGAGAGCCUGGGUCACGGGGGCGGCGACCUAGGUCUGACGAGGAAGUUUGUGGAGGCCAUUGACCUGGCCAAGAACCACAGAGACGAGGGAUGGACCUGUGAGAAGGCCCAGCAGGAGGUCAUCAGGUGUACCCUGGAUGAGGUUAUCAGAAGCCAUGCGAUGGUCUUCUGUGCUGAGGAGGCCAAGACAGGGAGGAAGGUCGUAGACUGGGCCAAGUGGUGGGCCGAAGAGGUCGAAGGCAAACUCGGGGGGAAGUAAUAUAGAUACUGGCGGGCGGCAUUGGUCUGUUGAAUUAUGCUACGAAUGAUGACACUUAGCACACACAGCCUUAGGCGCAGGUGGAAUUGGCACACAAACUCACCUAGGUAGUAACCUAGUCUACCCGAUACUCGUAGUAACGGAUUUUCCAGCAA